GAAAUAAAGAAAAAGAAAAAUUGAAAAAAAAAGUUAAUAGUGAAUUCUUUAAAUCUAUAUCACUUGGCAUUUUACUACACGAGAUUAUGAAUUAUAGUAAUUGAUGAAUAUUUAAAGUCUCACAUUGGCCUUCAGCGCACUUAAGCAUACUAAUAAUAAUAUCGAUGAAUAAAAUUGGAGAGUGAGACGAGCAAUCGAUGAUUCAACAUUUUUUCGAGUAUACAAGGCUUUUUUCAUGAUAAAAGAUAAAUCAUUCGAGUUUUAAGAGUGCGUUCACUUGAAAUUAUUGAUAAAAAUAAUUAUGCUCAAUUCGUGCUGUGCUUUUUUACAUAAAUUAAUAUAAAAUUAAUAUAAAUUGACAUUAGAUGAUUAGUACGCAGUGAUUAGAUUGAUAAAUUUGAUGGGCAAACGGCGGCGACGAACUAGAGCUUCUUGUGCUGAAUGAACUCAUUGUUAUUUCAAGUUUUGUUCCGUUGAAUUGAAUGAGGGGAGGGUUUUUUAGAAAAUUUGCGAGAGUGAUUGUGGUGCUGUGAGGGGAGAGUGAAAAUAUUUCUUUGGUUGUAUUUCAUUGUGAUUGAGGAGAGAUGCCUGUCAGACGGGGCCACGUUGCACCGAGGACCACCAUCAUUGAGACUAUCAUCAGGAAGUUUGAUACACAUGACAGAAGUUUUCUGGUAGCAAACGCUCAACAAGGUUUAUGUCACAUAAUCUACUGUUCAGAUGGCUUCUGCCGUCUCACGGGAUAUUCAAGAGCGGAGGUAAUGCAGAGGCCAGCAGUAUGCGAUUUUCUCCAUGGUCCAAUGACCUCACCCCACGCGAUUGCUGCACUGAGGGAUGCACUACUAGCUGGAGCUGAGAAACAUUUUGAAAUUCUCUAUUACAGGAAAGAUGGCACCAAGUUCUUGUGCAGCGAGGUCAUCGCGCCGAUAAGAAGCGAGGUAGACGACAUAUGUCUGCAGAUAAUCAACUUCGAAGAUCUCAGCGCACAGCCAACUCCACCACCAGCCGUACCAGCGCCGAGUCCUGCCAACAACAGGCUAGUAACUCGAUUCGAUCGAGCGAGGGCAUCAUUCCGCGCUGGUCUAUCAAGAACCGGUGUUGUUGGACCACCGAGAGUGAGGAACAGACCACGUGCGCCAUCAACAGUGCCUCAGCCGCGUCACCUGCCCGACGGGACCAUUCUAGAUGAAGAUGCCUCCGAAAAUUGUCCACUGACGUCGGGAUCCUCCACAAUGGUGGAAUCCUGGGGAUCAGCGAGGAUAGGUACACCACCACCAUCAGGUGCCCCUGCAGGACCACCUCUGCCCAUAAGCACAAGUACCUGCGGAGUUUCCGGAGGUCUCGUAACCAUGCCACCUGCAAGACCUAGUCCAACGUGCGUACCAACAGCUGCUCCUAUCGCGAGUCCUGAAGGCGUAAGCGACGUAUCACCGAAAUCAGGAAUUUGGGAGGGUCAACAUACAUCUCCAGGGAACGGCAAUGACGAACCAUCGAGAAGUGUAUCACACGCAGCCAGUCUGGAUGCAAUAUCAAAGCGAAUGGUCAAAUCCGACAUGGCCAAAAUACCCUGUAGAAGUCUAACAUGCAGUGUCUCCACGAAACACUCGAAGAUAUUUCCCGGUGUUGCAUCGGAGAGUGACUUACAGAGAUGGCGAACAUCGAGAGAGAGAAAAUCUCCGUCACUCAGUCAAAUGGGAUCAGACUCUGUCAAACACAAAUUUUCUCUACAGGAUAACGGCUCUGCCAAGUACUUCCAGGGGGUGAUGCAUACGCCGAAUAUGGGGGAAAAAGUCGCCCAGGUAUUGUCCCUCGGUGCUGAUGUUCUACCUGAGUACAAACUGCAAUCGCCACGUGUACACAAGUGGACAAUUCUUCAUUACUCACCAUUCAAAGCUGUGUGGGAUUGGAUCAUUCUCAUUCUGGUUAUGUACACUGCUAUUUUUACCCCCUACGUUGCUGCAUUCCUCCUUGGUGAACCCGAUUACGGUAGUAAAAAGAAGGCAACUAAGUAUAGUGAAGAUCCUAUUGUCAUCAUUGAUCUGAUCGUCGAUGUGACUUUUGUCGUGGACAUACUCAUAAAUUUUCGCACGACCUUCGUCAAUCCGAACGACGAGGUUGUCUCAGGACCAUGGAAGAUAGCCGUCCACUACCUGAGGGGAUGGUUCGUCAUCGACUUGGUAGCUGCCAUUCCCUUCGACCUGUUAUUAUAUGGUUACAAUACUGACGAGACAACGACCCUGAUGGGACUACUGAAGACUGCACGUCUAUUGAGGCUGGUAAGGGUUGCCCGUAAAAUCGACCGUUACAGUGAAUAUGGGGCAGCAGUACUACUACUACUAAUGGCAACAUUUGCCCUCAUCGCUCAUUGGAUGGCUUGCAUUUGGUACGCUAUCGGUAAUGCUGAGCGACCGUCCCUCAAGAGUAAAGUUGGAUGGUUGGAUAUUCUCGCUAAUGAUACGCAUCAAUUCUAUUUCAAUAACAACACUGGCGGACCUAGUAUAAAGAGUCGUUACAUAACAGCUCUGUACUUCACCUUCAGCAGCUUAACAUCCGUAGGUUUUGGUAAUGUAGCCCCCAACACAGACACCGAGAAAAUCUUCACAAUCGUCGUCAUGUUAAUUGGCUCUCUCAUGUACGCCAGUAUAUUCGGCAACGUAUCGGCGAUAAUUCAACGCCUCUACAGUGGCACUGCCAGGUAUCAUACGCAGAUGCUUCGCGUGAGGGAAUUCAUAAGAUUCCAUCAAAUACCAAAUCCCCUUCGUCAACGUUUAGAAGAGUACUUCCAGCAUGCCUGGACUUACACGAACGGCAUUGACAUGAAUAGCGUUCUCAAAGGUUUUCCGGAGUGCCUCCAAGCGGACAUUUGUCUUCAUUUAAACCGACAACUCCUCAACAACUGCAAAGCCUUUGAGAAAGCCAGUCCCGGGUGUUUGAGGGCUCUCUCUCUAAAAUUCAAAACAACUCAUGCACCACCUGGUGACACUCUAGUCCAUCGUGGUGACGUUUUAACGUCACUCUAUUUUAUAUCACGUGGUAGUAUCGAAAUACUGAAAAACGACAUUGUAAUGGCCAUCCUCAAUCCACCUGAUAUAUUCGGUGAAAAUCCUUGUGAGCAUGCGACCGUUGGAAAGUCUUCCUGCAAUGUACGAGCGUUGACAUAUUGUGAUCUUCAUAAAAUACAUCGCGAUGAUCUAUUGGAUGUUCUUGCACUUUAUCCAGAAUUUCAUCAGCAUUUCAUCGAAAAUUUGGAGAUAACUUUUAAUAUGAGAGAUGAAGAACAAGCUGGCGUUGAUCCAAUCUCUGCACGAUUUCCAGUGAGCACACCAACGGAUAUUGACACUGAUACGAGAAGAUUUGCUUUCCGUCCACCUAGAUAUCGUUAUGGGCCUGGCGGUCAAAGUUUAACGAGUGCACACUUAUUGCCAAGUGGUAGACAAGACUCACUUCAGGACGAUGCUGAUGAAUUUGAUAAAGCGAGUGGCCACGGUAUUCUUGAGUUCAGCACAGACAAAGCAGGGCAAGAUGUCACACCGCUCAAUCUCGAGUUCGAGGAACCAAAACAAAGGAGCUCCACAUUGAAUUCAAUAACCGGCAUGCUAACCCAUCUCAAGCGCAGUAUACCGGAUCUACGUCAGCAGAAGAUUCACCUACAGCCGCUGACGAGUCACGACUAUCUAGCUAAACAGGCUACGACGACAUUGGUGAGACCAGGGAGACGUAGUUCCGCGGUGGUUGAGAGUAGUAUGGCUAGUCAUGGCAUUCAACCAACAUCAAAUUCAUCAAGUCAUUAUACAAUACCAUCACCAUCGCAACAGCAGCAACAGCUGUUGCACCCUUCAUCCAAUGGAGACUUUCAAAGUGGACCCGGCCGACCACUGGACGAGUUGAACACUAGGCUAGAUGAAUUAUCAAAACAAGUGUCAUCCCUAGAGCGUACAAUGGCAAGUGACAUAAGACUCAUUUUGGCAUUGCUACAGCAAACAUUAGACACAUCCAAGGAGAGUUCCAGCACCGAAAUGAUGCCUGGCACAGCGCCAGCUGCAACAACAGGACCAAGGUCAAAUCGUGCACCAGCACUGGCACAAAGAUCAGCCAGUGAGCCACAAUCAUCAUCGAUACCAGCAACAUCAUCAACCAAUGGAAAUGGCACAAAAAUACAGUCAAGUGCGUCUCACAGUCUUUUCCGCUUUCUUUCCAAAUCCCUGGAUCAGUUGCAUUUGAUUUCGGCGCGUUUUGUUUUGGAAAAGUUGGACAAAUACCGAAGGCCACCAUCGAGCAGAGAUCCAACAUCAACAUCUUCAGGCACAUCACGAUUAACAGUAACAUCUGAUACAUCAGCCCUUGCCACUGCCCUGCAGAGUGCCCUGAAUGGUGCUGCUAGUAGAACAGCACCAACCCGAUCACAGAGUCAGCCGGUUGAUCUUACGGGACCACCAACGACUUCACAAUCACAUCAUCACCAUCAUCAGCCGCAGUUGUAUGGAUGGCAUAGCCAACCAGCUGCUUUGAGACGUGGUGAAUUCAGGACUGGAUACAGUUCAUUCAAUAAACGUUCAGAACCCGAGUCCGACGAUCCCUGGAGUACCUGUGCAGUAUCAACAGUCGAGACACGCCCCACAGCAGCGAUUCAGCGUCCCCGCAGUAGUGAGCAGAAGAAAGAACUAAGUCCCUCACAGUCUCAUCGUAGCACAAAUCUGGAUUACAGUGGCACUACGACGAUACCAAAGCCAGACAUUAGAACUCAGCAAACGCCAGAUAUUCCAGCCCCGAGAACCGAGACAACCAGACAAACAAGUGAGGACAUAUCAUGGGAGUUCACCUUGACCGAAGCGCCAAUAGCACGAUUGGAAUCAUUAGACGAACUCGAUCAAGAUCACGGUAGUUAAAACAAAUGAUUCAUUCAUCAAUGAUGAAAUAAUUUUCAGUGAAUUUGUGCGAGCAGAUUCAAUUAUGGUCAUUAACAGACUAUAACGUUCACAAGUAAUAUAAUAUUUUGGCUGUGCUUGUAAUAAGCCCAUUUGGGCUCUCCAUCAUCUAUGUUAACAUUAUCGCAAUUGCGCAAAAAAACACGUUAUUACACGUCCACGUUUUUACAUUUAAACGAAUGGAGCGUAGAUGAAAUUUUAUAAUUUCAAAUGAUUUUGUAAUGCUGAGUGGGGGCCCUGAAGAGACUGGUUGAUCUGGAAGUAUGAGUUCAUGGUGGCUGGUGGGGUACCGAUGCGAUUCCAACAGGAAUAAUGAGAACUAAGAUUUAAUGCUGCAGAAAGCUUUCAUUCAUGAAGAAUAGAGGGAAGGGGAUCGAACUGAAUGGGGGCCUCCAUUGAAAAUGGGGAGGGUAAAUGAAUCGGCACGGUAGGUGAUGAAGACUCCUGCAGGUGGCUCUUGGAUUGAAUAUGACUCAUUCAUGGACACAAGAUUUCCCAUGUAGUAGUGUAUUUCUUGAUUCUGCCUUAAAAUCCGAUUUAUCCGUCAAUACGCUUCUUAGCUUCUUGUUUUAUUCUGUUUUCUAUCAUUAUUCUUCAAUGAAAUGAAAAAAGUUUGAUGAUAGUGACGCGGAGGUGUUCUUCGUUUACGAAAGCGCGAAACUUCCUUCAAAUGUUCAAUUUAAAAUAGCAAAAUACAUCUACUCUUGUUUCCACUUGAUCCAAGCAAAUCACUAAUACCAUUCUAAACUUCCGUCUCCACCACGACUGUGUCUCAUCGCUCACAACUGCAGCGACCUCUACGAUUUAUUUGAAAUUUUCGAUUUAGGCCCAAGAUCAGUACACUGAUAGAAUGAUUUAUUUGUUCCAAACGAGAUU